AUGAGUCCGCCAGCUGGAACCAGUAUUAGGUCUACGCCUCCCCGGAAGAGGAUUAGGCGAGGCACUGCUACAGCCAUCGCCAAGGCGGUUGCUGCAGCAGACCCCAUGAGCAGAAGCAGCAACUCCAUCCUUUGUACCAGCUUUGUCGCAUGCAUUAUGGCACCAUGGGCUGCUGGAUGCAGUGCGACCUCCACAGGUAUCGACAGCCUACGCACACAGCCAGAGUCGAGAGUGCCAGGAAGGCAAACGGCGAGGUUCUCAUUUGACGAGGGAACGCGCUUCCGAGCUUCCAAGCUACCAGAAGCAGCACGAAGAGCAACGCUUUUCAAUUUGGCACAACCCGAUAGCAGCGCGAAGCGCGAACAGGUGUACAGCCGCGAUAGGAGGCUGGAAAACGGGGUCUUGUGUGCAGGAGGAAAAACUGUUGGACGCUGCGCUGGUGGUGCCGCUGCUGCUGGAGGUUGCGGAGGCGCUGCUCAUAGGGUUCAGCAACUCGGGACUGUCCUAAGGGUUCCUGGGGCUGGUCACGCUGCAGCUACCACUCUGCGCGAGAAGCGGAAGCAGGAGCUUGCGGCAAGCCGCGUUGCCUCUUCAAAUAAGGAAUUCAGUGCAAAGGCGUUGCAGUUAAGGGGCUGUCACUGGAUCCUCGUCGCCAUUAGUCAGUCCUUCACGUGCCGGGGUUCCCGCUUGCUGCAUGCAGGUCAGCAGCAUCAGCGCUCUACGCGGCAACUCAAAGGGUCUAUCUGCGCAUUGUCAGCCGCAGUCGCUUUGGCCUUUAGCUCUUGUUCAGCCCGUGCGAGCUGUCCGUUGCCGCGGCGACUCGCCUGCAGCGACGGUCCAUGUCUUCGAGUGCCCUGUUGGAUCGAAGAACCGGCCGCUUGCUCAGGAGAGGCAGAACUAGCCGCUGCAUCCACAUUACAGCCACAAAAGCUUCGCGCAGACGUCAGUCCAUCCACAGAGCAGCGGCUUUCUCGGCACCAGCAACUGUUCAGCGGUUCCGGCAGCAGGUGCUGCCGUGGGAGCAGCGCCAGGAUGGCUGACGGCAAGGGCAGCACCCCUUCGGAGUCAGGAGACGCGGGGGAGGCCGACAAGGUGUUUGUGCCGCAGCUGAGUGAAAGAGAACUCCGCAAGAUUCGUUACUAUGAGGCCAUGUUUGCGAAGAUGGCGGCAGAGGAGCAGCAGCGGCGGGCUCCCUCGGGUGCUUCCGCGGCGUCCACAUCCGCUACUGCUGCGGCAUGCAGCGGCAGCAGCUCGGCAACAGCGGCCUCUUCGACUGCGCAGGGAGCCGCUGCCGCGGGGCAUGCAGACGGCGGGGGAGGCAGAGCAAAGACGGAGAGGAGCACUGCUGCUAGCGAUCACAAGACGUCGAGCAGCAGCAGCAGCAGCAGCGCGGAGGCACCGCACACCAAGCGAAAGCACUCCCGCAUCGCCGAUUCCAGCGACGAGGAUCGUCGGGGGGGAGCGGUGAAGCGCUCCACCCCCACUUCGACAGCGGCUGCAGGGGGCACCAAAGCCGAGCCGCCAGGCAGCAGCAGCAGCGGCGAUAGCAGCAGCAGCAGCAACAAGCGGAAGGCAGCGAAGGACGGGCGUGACGCAGAAGAAGGCGCUUUCGGAGACGGGGGGAGCAGCUCUGCGGUCUCACUUGCAUCAGCAGCGCACCCUGCCAGCGGCAGCGGCAGCAGCAACAGCAACAGCGGGUGUCGCAGUGCCCUGAGCAGCGAGCGGCAUGCGUCACUAAGCCCGAAGCGGAAAAGCAGUACGAAUUCCAGUAGCUCGAGCAGCAGCCAUGCUAGCAAGGGGAAGAGCAGCUCGCACAGCAGCGGGCCCGCUGCUGCUCCUGCUACUGCGGCAGCGGCCGCUUCAGGCGCCAGCAGCAGCCACAUGCAUCACGGCUGCUUCUCUGGCGAUGAAGAGUCAGGCGCCACGAGCACUAGCAAUCCCAAAGGCGGAGGAGCUUCAGGCUCUCGCAACAGCAGCAGCGCGGCGCUCAAGGGCAGCAGCGGAGAUUCCGCUGCUGCUGCCGCGGGAGGGGGAGGAGGGACGGAGACGAGUGGGGGGCCUCUUCGAGGAGGAGCGGCGUCUUCAGCUGCAGCCGAGGCACUCAAGCGAAGCGCGAGGUCUGUGCGGAAGGAAGCCACUGGCCAGAGAGGCACUGACAGAAGCAGCACCAGCAGCGAAGCGAGCAGCACCAGCAGCAGUAGUGGCAGCAGCACCGACAGCAGCAGCAACAAGGGCAGCAGGCGGGCGGAACGCCGAGGCUUCUCAGCUCUCCAAAGGGCGGAACCGCUAGAUUCGGCGGCUGCGGGUUUCCACUCUACGACGACUUCGAAGGGGCCUCCGGAGACAGCUGCUUCUAGGAGUCUUGAGGAGGCGUCUCGCCACAGGAGUUGCACAGACGGGCCGGGAGGCUCCCCGACCUCUCGGUUCGCCACGCACCCCUCUGAACAGCAGCAGCAACAGCAGUCGCGGGAGCAGUCGCGGGAGCUGCGUAGUGAGGCUCCGCGAACAACGCGGUCUGCCGCUGCUGCGGCUGCGGCUGCUGCGGCUGCUGCUGCUGCUGCUGGGGCAAGUCAUGCAGCGACUGCAGCAGCAGACGCGACUGCCACUACAGAUGGAGAGGAGUCGACAGAUACCACGUCUUCAGGACCGCCAGCGCCUUUGCCGCAGCGACGCACCCGAGCGUCUCCCCGCGGAGUCGCCUCCAGUGGCGCAGCAGGAGGAACAGACUGGAGCACUACUCCCCAAGACUGCCCCGUCGAGAGGCGUAGCAGCAGGAGGGAAGCCUUCGGCUCGCGCUGCAGCGCGGCAUCCGCAGGAGAAGGCACCAGCAAGGAAAACAGCGCUCGCUCCUCCGUGCCUCUGCUCUCCAGUGUCUCGCUAGGCGUCGGAGCCUCGGACGCAGGAGCUGCUGCGGCUGCUGCUGCUCUUGCUGCCGCCUUAGCUCACCACGACCCCAGCGGCUCCUUGGGUGGCUCCCACGCGCAUGCGUAUGCGGCGGCAGACGGACUUGUGCUGCAGCGGCAGCGUGAGCUGUUUCUGCAGCAGCAACACCUGCAGCAGCAAGCCACCGAUGGGCUGAUGCUUGCAGCACGCGGCUCCCUCAGCGCUUCUGAGGGGACUCCUCUUUGUGGGGGCUCUGCUGCAGGGGCUGAACUGUGGUCUGUGUUGCAGCAACAGCAGCAGCUUUCGCACAUCCAGCAGCAGCAGCAGGCGUCAACCCUGUCUUCUCCGCGAGGCAGCAACGGCUGCAGCACCUCGGGUUCCGUCUCGGGAAGAAGGCGUCCUGUCCCCUUGGGGCCAAACUCGCCCGCUGCUGUGGCUGGCAGCUUCGCUUCUGCGGCGGCUGCGGCAGCAAGCGCGGCUGCAGAAGACUCAAACGAGGCGCUGCAGUUGGCAAGGAGCGUGCGCCUUCUCACGGUCCAAGGCAAGGCUGGGGAGGCUGCCACUUCCUCCACUGGCUCGCAGUCCCCCAGUCACCACUAUCGCCCGCAGGACCAGUUGCAGCAGCAGCUCUACCAGGAUCAUCUGGAGCCUGAAAGGGCACGUUUACUCGCUUCUUGCAGCGAUGUCAUAGCAACCCGCAAUUGGCGGCUCUUGCUUCUAGGAGAGACACAGGAGCGGCAGCACGAGAAGCCAGAGCCAGUGAGUACAAACAAACCGACGUGUCCUAUGGCGGGGGCAUCGGGAGAGGCUGUUGCAGCUGCAAAGGCUGUGCCUACCGCCGUAGCAAAGCCCUCAUUAGGGUCCCUCAGACAUCUUUUGAACUGGAGGGGGAGGCUGCUGCGGAGGGCGUGCCUGUUCUCAGCCUGA